CGGGUGCCCUAUGGACGAAAAGCGGGCUGACUGACCGACAGCUACUUACAUGGUCCUCUUGAGGUGAAUGAAUCCACUCACUCCGCCAGUGCAGUGGGUUGAUUGAUUGAUUCUUUGCUCACCGUCGAUGUCACCGUUAUCCGGCCUCACCGUUACGGCCUCACCGUGCUUCGCUGUCCGCUCCCUUGCCUGCUUCCGUACAUCACCACAUAUACCCGUGAGAACCAUCGACUCACGGUCAUCGGGAAACUCACAUUUGGAGGCUCCGAAGCCAAUAAUAAAGGCUUGCCGAAACUCCCCAAAAAAAAGCACCUUCUAAUUCAGGACUCUCGACGCCUCUCCCGUUCGAUAUGGCGGACCUGGGCGGCGGUAGGCCCGAUGAUAAAGCCCCGAGGCCCACCACCGAAGGUUUGAUCUCGGAUGUGUAUCUCUCAUGAGUAAGACGUCGGCGCGGAUCAUUCACUUGGUCGCAACUUCACGUGCCCAGGAGACUGGACAGGACACACGAGGGGAAUCGACCGACGCAGGGGUUCAUCAAGUAGCCGGAAUCCGAACCCUUGCCCAUGCUGCGCCGGACGCUCACAGGACAAGGCCGCCAACCCGAGAACACGGCGAUGGAUUAGAGUGAGAUUUGAUUAUGCGCCUGAAUCACAGCAAACGUCCGUCAUAUGACGACAAUGGAUUUCUCUCGUGACUGCUUCAGAUUGCGAGGAACCUUGGGGCUUGAGAAUGAAUUAAUGCUGAACAGAGAGCCAAGAACCAAAACAUUGACAAACAGGUGUGGUGGACUGGAAUCAGAGAUGUCUUCCCCUGCCGGAUUGACAUUAUCUGUUGCAACGCUAAUGGAUCCUUUGAUCGACUUCUACUGGUGGCAUUGCAAGUGACUAUCCACCGAACAAUUUAAACCAGUCACUCUCUUGAACCUCAGAUUGCUGGUGUUAGCACG